AUGAUCAGCCCAGACGAAGCCGGUCAGGCAUGGGAGCGAAUCAAGGGGUUUAUAACCAACCGCGAAGCAGAAAUCGUGCACGAGGAACGCUGGGGAACCAGGCGUCUGGCCUAUCCCGUCAAGAAGGGCCAGUACCAGUUCCUCGAAGGAAACUACCACCUCACGCGGUUCACUGCUGAAAAGUCCUUCAACCGCGAUCUCGAGAACUAUCUCAAGCUGGACGAUAACGUCCUCAGAUCGCUGGUUACCAACACGGUCUCCGAGGAAGAGCUGGCCGCCCAUGCCGCGCAGACACGCGCCCCCCGGCCGCCGAGGCCGCCGGUUGGCGCUGCGCCUCAGGGAGCCCCUCCGGGAGCGGCCCAAGCCCCCGCGCAGGCACCGGCUGAGGGCGAAGCAGCCCCCGCUCCGGCAGUUGCAGAAGCUCCUCAGCCAGCAGCCGAGGCCCCCGCGCAGGCACCGGCAGAGGACGGAGCUGCGGCAGUUGCAGAGGCCCCUGCGCAGGCACCAGCCGAGGCCCCCGCGCAGGCACCGGCAGAGGCAGUUGCAGAAGCGCCUCAGCCAGCAGCCGAGGAGCCUGCUCCGGUGGCAGAACCUGGCCCUGAUCCCGCGCCUGCCCCAGAACCGGAACCCGAACAGCCAGCUGAGUAG